AACUGGUGCCCUGUUAUCCCUGUAGUUUUGUGUACCUUGACUAGUCAAGAAAGUAUCAGUACAUACGCGUCUGAACGGGAACAUUCUAGAGAAAAGAAAACAUUAUCUCACACAUUUUUAGACCAGAAAGGGUUUAGUAUUACUGCAAGAAGAUGUCGUCAUUAGCAUUAAACCCUAUACAGAUUUUCAGCCAAGGAGCUGAAGAAGAGAAGGCAGAAACUGCUAGAUUGUCAUCAUUUGUUGGAGCCAUCGCUAUUGGAGAUCUGGUCAAGAGUACAUUAGGUCCAAAAGGAAUGGACAAGAUACUGCAAAGUGGUGAGGGUAUACAAGUAACAAAUGAUGGUGCCACCAUACUGAAAUCCAUUGGUGUAGAUCUUCCUGCAGCCAAAGUUUUGGUUGAUAUAUCCAAAGUACAAGAUGAUGAAGUAGGAGAUGGCACUACCUCUGUUGUUGUGUUUGCUUGUGAACUUUUAAAAGAAGCUGAACAACUGAUUUCCCAGAAAAUUCACCCACAGACAAUUAUAUCUGGUUGGAGGUUAGCUACAGAUGAAGCUAGAAAGGCCCUGACAGAAUUUGCACGUGAUCAUGGAAAAGAUGAAAAGAAAUUUAAGAAAGAUUUAAUGAACAUUGCUAGAACCACACUCAGUUCUAAAAUAUUGACACAAUACAAGGACCACUUUUCAAAUCUAUGUGUUGAUGCUGUUCUUAGAUUAAAGGGAAGUGGAAAUUUAGAUGCUAUCCAGUUGAUAAAGAUACUUGGAGGAGGUUUACAAGACUCAUAUUUAGAUGAAGGAUUUUUGUUAGAAAAGAAAAUAGGUGUAGGACAGCCUAAAAGAUUAGAAAACUGUAAAAUAUUAGUAGCUAACACACCCAUGGAUAGUGACAAAAUAAAGAUAUUUGGAUCUAAAGUAAAGGUAGAUGCUGUUUCUAAAGUAGCAGAAUUAGAAUUAGCAGAAAAAGAAAAGAUGAAGGACAAAGUGAAUAAGAUCUGUAAAGUAGGAUGUAAUGUAUUCAUUAACAGACAAUUGAUAUACAACUAUCCAGAACAGUUGUUUUCAGACAAUGGAGUUAUGUCUAUAGAGCAUGCUGAUUUUGAAGGAGUUGAAAGAUUAGCCUUAGUAACAGGUGGAGAAAUCUGUUCAACAUUUGAUGCACCAGAUUUAAUCAAAUUAGGUCACUGUGAUUUGAUUGAGGAAAUUAUGAUUGGUGAAGAUAAACUUAUCAAAUUCUCAGGUGUUAAACUUGGAGAAGCCUGUACUAUAAUAUUACGAGGAGCAACAAAACAAAUCUUAGAUGAAGCAGACAGAUCUAUUCAUGAUGCCCUGUGUGUUCUUACUCAGACAGUCAAGGAAACCAAGACCGUCUUUGGUGGAGGAAGUUCAGAAAUGUUGAUGGCAGAUGCUGUAUCCCGAUUGGCAGCAAGAACACCUGGAAAAGAAGCUGUUGCUAUGGAAGCAUAUGCUAAAGCCCUAAGACAGCUACCAUCCAUCAUGAUAGACAAUGCAGGUUAUGAUACAGCUCAGUUGAUCUCAGAACUUAGAGCUUGUCAUACACAGAAGAAACACACCAUGGGAAUAAAUAUGGAUGAAGGGAAGGUAGAUGACAUGGAAGUCAAUGGCAUUACAGAAUCUUUCCAAGUUAAAAGACAGGUCAUCAUGAGUGGUUCAGAAGCUGCAGAGAUGAUCCUCCGUGUGGAUGAUAUUGUCAAAGCAGCACCACGACCAAGAGGAAGGGACGAUAGGCACUGUUAACAAAUCAGACUUUAUAUUCAUUGUGUGACAUUUUUCUACUUACAUAAAUUAUUCAGCUGUCGAUGAACAAAAUUAAUAAAAAAAAUACCAUCA